AUUAAUUGUCCGGGGAAUAGGGCGGAAGACAUAACAAAGAACGAACAACUUCUAAUAGCUAAAUAUUUGUGAAUAUACUGGAUCUAGCCCAAAAACAAAGUCAGUUCACGUCUCUAAAGAAGCCAAUCAGCUGAUUGUUUACUUGCCAAGAGUCAAGAAUGACGACCCCUGUGCGAAUUGAAAAACUACUGAAAGAUCACCUGGACGAGCUGACUGAAAAGAACCUGGUGUCAUUUCAGUGGUACUUGGCCCUGAAUAAGAGAGAGGGAUGCCGACCCAUCCAGAGAUCCCAGCUGCAGGGGGCUACCAGAGAGCAAACUGUGGACAUAAUGGUGCAGGUUUAUGGGGAAGACGGUGCUGUGGAGACUGCAGUGGACAUUCUCUUUAGAAUAAAUUUUAAUGACCUUGCAGUAAGGAUAAUUCAAGCCAAAAACCCACCUGUGGAACAGCAGGUGUCUGAGCCACCACCCUCUGCUGUGAAAACGACACAGAGAGAUCUAGAUUCAACUUUCACUCUGGAUAUUUCUUGCCCAGUUUGUUCAUCUAUUUACACUGAGCCUGUGGUGCUGCAGUGUGGCCACAGCUUCUGUCGGACCUGCAUUCACUGCUACUGGAAGAGUGUAAUCUCUCUGAAAUGCCCAUCUUGUCGGAGGGUCAAUAAUGACAGUAAACCUCCAAUUAAUUUUGCCCUGAAGAGUUUAAUUCAAAGCUACACACAGAGAAGUAGGGUCAAUCCCUCAGGACGACACAGAGAUGACUCAUAUCAGACUUCAGUGAACGUCAAAGAGAAGCAGGAAGCUUUUGAAAAAGUCAAGCAGUUCUGUGAUUCAUCAAUCGAACAGAUAAAGAUUCAGAGCCGUAACACGGAGAAUGAGAUCAAGAAGAACUUUGAGGAGCUUCAUCUCCGCCUCCAUAGAGAAGAAGAAGCCAGAUUAGAGGCGUUAAGGAAAGAAGAGACUGAGAUGAUGGGUGUGAUGCAUAAGAUCACAGAGCUGCACAAAGUCACACUCUCGCUCUCUGACAAUGUGAAGGAUGUGGAAAACUUACAGGCUGACAACUCGUUCACACAGAACUUUAGGGCUGAAAUGGAAAGAGCUCAGACUGCACUGCCAGAUCCACAGCUGCUUCCACAAGUACAAAUAGAUGUGUCCAAACAUGUGAAAAACCUUCAAUUGAAAGUCUGGAAGAGGAUAAGGAGCGACAUAGAAAGCGAUCCAGACAGACCUGCCUUAGCCUAAACAAGUGGUACUGAAAAAGAGGGACGCCAUCUGGAUGGGCCAGGAGGAGUCUGCCUUUUAGGGUCCAUUUCAGUUAAAUCAUUUGGGACUUGCUUAAGUUUUUUUUCUCUUAGUUUAGCAGUUAGUUAGUUUGUAAAUAGUUUGAUUUGAAUCUUUGGUAGUGUUAAGGUUAAUUUUCUUUAUAUUGUUAAUUGUUUAUUCCUGUCCCCCUUUAUUACUGUGUAGGGUAGCCUGUAUCUAUAUAAUCUCGCCUUGUGUCAUUUGUUAGGUCAGGUCCGUUUGCUGUAUGUUUAGUUGACCUUAACCAAAAUUAACCUAAAACUAAUUAUAACAUUAGUUUUAAAUUAAUUUUGGUUAAAUUGAAACAACUUGUAAAUAGUUUUUUUUUGCUUUACACACCUGGUCUCUUGAUCCUUUCUUCUCUUGUCCUUGACAAUGAUGAGGAGGAAUAUGACCACAGUGUCAUAGUUCUAGGAAAUGGCUGCUACAGACUCAGCCACAUAUUAGGAACGCAUAUUACCUUAUCUUAAACCAUCUGUCAGGUUUUACUGUGUUUUCAGAAACAGUUGGAUUUGCAACUGUUACAUGAUUUGGAAUUCUUAAGCCAAUGUCUUUGUUGUGAUAUACUAAUGUGAAAUCCAUCAUAUAAAGUGGAAAAUCUUGAAUUACUUGUACUGUAGCACUGAACAUGUCAAAUCAUUUGAUUAAAAUAUAUACAUGCCCAUUUUUGGAAGAUAUCUAGUUAUUAUACCCUGAUUUUAAGUUGCUUUGGACAAAAGUGUAAUGUUAUGUAAAAAAAAAAAAAGCACACCACAGAAAUACUGAAAAACUGUUAUUUGAUUGCCAGAUCAUUGUAUUAA